AUGGGCGAAAGAGAUAAAGAAUGGGAAUUCCAUCUCCGAUCGUUAUCGUCGAGUUCCAGAGAUUCCAAUUAUGCCACAGACCCUGCUUCCGAUCCCUCUCUCCUCAAUUCAGUGAAAAGGCUGCAUCAACUGUGUAAAAGUGAAAAUUCGGAGGAUUUAGUAGCUAGGGUUUAUCCUCACCUUAACAAGAUUUUUCAUCGUUCAGUUGCGUCGAUUUCGCAGUCUCAGCCUCAGACCUCCAACGGCCUUCUUUUAUUGGCUAUUCUUCAAUUUUUUCUUGAUUUUGGGGAUGCAAUUCUACACGAUGCUGACCCUAGUUUGAAGACAUUUUUCCGUUCAUGUUUGAGCCGUGAGUUUGCAGAUCCUAUUGUUGCUGAGGCAACUCUUGAAUUUCUAAAUGCUAACAUAAGGAAGCUCCUGAGUUCUUUCCCCACAUUACUUCCUCAGUUUUUCCCAUUAUUGCUGAAGCUUAUUGCAUGGAAUGGAGAGAAGUUUGAGAAAUUGUUUCUGAGAGUGCUCCCGGGAUUGAUUUCUCCUGGAUCCUUCAUUCCAUCGUUUCCUUCACUCGUUGACUUACCAACAUUGGUUGUGGCAUUGGAAAAGGUGGAAAGAACUGCAGGGUCACUGGUUGGAGGCAGCAUAGCUUCAAUUCAGCAGAGUGCAGCUCCUCAGAUGCUGUUUGAUCUCAUGGAUGAAGCAUAUACCGGUUCAACUAUAGGAGAUGGAGGUGCGGACUCUGAAUCUGAGGAUAGCAGUACGAUGGCUGUAGCUGAUUCUCUCUUCCUUGAGCUUCUCAAGGACGAGAAUGAUGGCCUCACAGAACGUCAUUGGACCUCUCCUGCAAUGGCCGCAGCUCUGCAGGCUGUGGUUAGUGCUCCUCAGUCUGAUAGAUUGAAAGAAGCACUCAGAAUGACACCUAGGGUUCUUGAUGCCUAUUUUGCUUUAGCAGUCCGUGAUUUCAAUUCUUCUCUCACAUGCGCUUUGAUUCCCUUAGUUAUGAAAAGAUAUACUACAUUAUUUCCAGACAAGAUAUUCUCGUAUGAGGUUCAAAAGCGGCUCUUACAAUUUAUGCUUGCUGCCUUCCACCGGUCUCCUGAUAUUAUUGCCGUUCUCAAGAAGCCAAUAGUGGACAGACUUGGAGAGGCUUAUGAGAAUCCUGCGAAGACAGAGUUAGCAUUGCAGUUAUGUUGGGCGAUUGGGGAGUAUGGCGGCGGCGGCGAAUCUCACAAAGAUGCAGCUCGUGAACUUUUUGAGAGUUUGGAAUUACUCCUAUAUGAAAACCUUUCUUCGAGUCGUUUGGGUCUACGGGAAUCAGCCCCUGGCUCUGGUUCAACAGUUCGAAAAUCAUCCCAGUCUAGGCUUCUAUGUUUCGUUGUGACUGCAAUUGCUAAGCUCGCCACUUAUCAUCGUGAGUUACUACCAAGAACCCGUGUAUCCUUGGCAAAGGUGGCUCGUUCUCGAAUUUCAGAUGUGAGGGUCGGGAAACGUGCACGCGAUUAUUUAGGUUUAAUGAAUGAACCUGCUAUAUGUUGGUCCGUCUUGGGCCCUUCGGUUUCAAAUAAAAGCACGCAGAAUCCUGGCACUGUGAAUUGGAAUGAAGCCAGCUCAAAAAUGAUUGCUCACGUUCCAUUCUAUAUCUUAGGUGCACAAGAAGGUCCUCCCUUCCACGAUUUUUCAUUUUCUGAUGUUAUACCGAGAAGAUAA